ACACUAUCCUUCAUUUUAGCAAAUAAUGUUUCUAUAAAGUUGGAUUUACUUGAACUUCUUGUACUGUUUCAAACUCAGUAGAUUAAGACAUCAAUUAAUUUUCGACUUUGUUAUAACUCAUUUUCAAAAUAUAUUUUUCAAGAACCACUGCACUUUAUCUAUUAGAUAGUAUCAUAAUAAGUUCUUCUUUAGCACCAUUGAAUACCAAAUACCUACACUCAAGUGGUUGAUUAACAUUGACACAUUCCACUUGAGUUUUUCCCACUUCCUUAAUUUUAUCGCGAAAUCUCUGGACUCAUUUACUAGCAACUAAUAUUAUAAAUGCUAUUAGCAUGUGAGUUUUUUUUUUGUUAGUGACACUUUCAUGCUAAAACGUCUUAACCGAUUGAGGCGAAAGUCAUGGAACUAAGUUAAUUUAAUAUUACAUCAACCCCGAUACCAUUGGAAAUUAGAAGGACUCGGAUAGAAUGUAAAUACUUUUUGUCCGAUUGAGGGAAUAAGUGCUCUCAGAAAAAGUUGAGCUGAAUUCAAUACGAUUCGAUUUAAUAUAUACCAUAAUGUGUACAGGUAACAGGCUGGUGGGUAAAAUUAAAAGAAACAAUUAUGGACCCUGUCGGGCACAGCAAAGUUAGUUUUUAGAGAAGAGAACGAAGAGCAUUUAGGUACCUAUACUACACGGUCUACCGACUAACAAUUCUCGGCACAGCUUAUUUUUAACACACGGUAAUAUAAUAAAAGAUUUCGAUCUGCAAAACCUAUCUAAGUACUUAUAAAUCUAUAAAGAUUAUUGGGCUAGGCCUGAUUGGUGUUGGAAUAGCAUUUUUUUACUACAUGGACCAAAUACCAAAAGAAAUAUCCGUAAUAAUAAACUUGGAUUACGUUCCUUACGAAGCCAUUGCUGUAGGAAUUUUCGUUUUCCUUAUUGCUUCUUCCGGAUUCUUUGGAGCAAUUGCUGAACAAACAUGUCCACUUAUAACUUAUUCUGUAUUUAUGGGAUUUUUCGCAGCCACAAAGAUGGCUAUUAUAAUACUGUUGGUAAUCAAGUUGCCUGAUUUCACAAAUGAAGUGAAAGCUGAAGUAAACAAUGCUUUCGUGGAGCCCGCUCACAAUAUGACAUUCCACGUCAUCGAAAUAUUGUUGCAAUGCUGCGGUACAACAGGACCAGAUUCUUAUAAAACCGACUAUAAUUUAGUGCCCGUAUCAUGCUGUAAGGAUCCUCAAGAGCAAACUGAAUUAUUUUGUUCCAAGGAAAAUGCCUUUGAAAAAGGGUGCACGACUAUGGUAGCAGAAUACUUCAAUACUUAUGUGACAUAUUUUGGAUAUGGAUUAAUAGGAAUGAUGGUUUGGGAGUUAUUAUCCACGAGCUCUUCAAUUUAUAUUUUGACUACUGCAAGAUCGAAAUUUUUCAGUUAAUAUUGAAAUAACAUGUUGGUUUGUUUUAAUCGAAUUUUUCUGCUCAUGACUUUUAAUGAUUUUUAAUUAAGCGAUUGCAGGAAAACUUCUUCAAAACUAAUGUGUAAAAGAUCCUUUGUUAUUUUAAAUUCUAUAUUAUUUAUUGAAGUUAUAUAAAGAAUUAUACCUUACUGU